CUUCAAUACCGGCGACCUUCACCUUUCAUAAUAGAACAUGCACAAUUUAGCAUAACCUUGGAGUAUGUAGAUUUACGAGCGUGUACGUACAGGCGAACACUAUUUGUAUCAUAGGGAACUAUUGUACUUGCUUUGCCUUGGGACUAUCCGCGCCCAACAGCGGCCAUGCUGACGUUCAUUAUCGGUGCCAUCGCCGUCGUUUUACUCCUAACACAUCUGUACAGCGCAUACGCAAAACACCACCGUCAGUACGGUGACAUACCCGCUGUCGAUGGUCGACUACCGAUCGUCGGUAACAUAUUCGAUUUGUCCAAAACGCAUAUAGUCCUGACCGACUGGUACCGGAAGUACGGUCCCGUCUUCCGGUUCAAUCUAUAUGGGGAGGAAGUAGUAGUUCUCAGCAGCUACGAGAGCGUGUUUGAGGCCUUGGUGACGCGCGGGAGCGACUUCGCCGGCCGGCCGCACAUGUCGCGCACGGACUAUGAGGGUCGGAACCGGAACUCGAUUGUGUGGCAAUCGUACACGCCGAAAUUACAGUUUCUACGGAAGCAGAUACAUUCCUCAUUGCGCAUGUACGGAAAUGGCUUGGGUCGUCUGCAACACCGGUGCGGGUUCGAGCUCGAGCAGCUGUUGAACCGGAUCGAGUCCCAACCCGACUUGACCUUUGACCCUUGGAGUCUACUGUACGACUCCGCGUGCAACAUCAUGCUAGAUCUGACAAUAGGCACAAGAUUUCCGUAUGAAGGAGAAGAUUUAUCCCAGCUCAAGAAAAUUAACGGCCUGUUUAAUCAUUCCUUCGGGCCCGGGGCAAGCCGCAUUUUGGACCGGUUUCCGUUCCUCAACUGUAUACGAGACGAGUUCAAAUCUCUGAAGACCGCGGUUGAUAUGCGUAACAGCUUCUGGGCGGACCAUAUCGGUAACCUACAGCGUCCCAGUACCCAGGACGAGUGCGUGAUACAGAGUCUAAGAGACCUCGCGGCCAAGAGCUCGAACUCGCACUUUGACAUCUCUGAGGCCACUCUGAAAGAGACCUUCACCAAUCUCAUACUGGCAGGAACGGACACCACUACCACCGCCAUCACUUGUUUAUUACUGGUUCUACUCCACAAACCGGAAAUUCAAGACCGCAUGUACCAGGAGCUUGACCACGUGGUCGGCAGAUCGCGUGCCCCGUCGCUUAGCGACCGCUCUUCGAUGCCAUAUACGGAGGCGUGCUUGUUCGAGACUUUGCGGUUAAUAUCGCACGUGCCGCUUGCGGUGCCACACGCUACAAUAUGUGAUACCACUGUCCUUGGAAAGAGGAUUCCAAAAGAUACAACGGUGUACAUCAACCUGUGGUCUCUCCACCACGACCCGGAAGUGUGGCCUGACCCCUGGGAGUUCGACCCCGGUCGCUUCCUGGACGCUGACGGUCACCUAUUACCGCCGCACCACGAAUGUCGACGAAGGCUACUUGUAUUUGGUGCUGGCCGACGCGUGUGUCUCGGGGAGUCGCUUGCUAAGAACCGUCUCUUCCUGUUCACCACUGCCCUGCUGCAGCGUUACGACUUCCGGCCCGCAUCGUCACUUCCAGAUCUCGACCCUCGCAAGUUCUCCCUGGGAAUCGUCCUUCAUCCGGGUCACUUUAAUAUAAAAGCGAUUAAGCGGACAAAUGUUGAUACAACCAUAUCAGGUUGUGGAAGUUGAUGACAAUCUAUAUUAAUAUAAAAAUUUACAUGAUAACACCUACAUCCGAGUCUCAAAGAGGGUUGUAUGUUUGUUAUUGUUAAAUUGUCAUUAUUUGUUAAUGAGAAGAAUAACCUUACAGAUAUUAUAUUUAGUUUUAAGAGUAUGUGUGCUUCAAGUUAUGUGUACGACAGUUUUGCUAGAAAGCACAUUUGUUUAAAUUCUCGAGAUUUUGUUGCAUAUUUACCACAACAAUUUUACACGGGAAUAUCUGUAUCCUACGACUUGUUGCUGUUUCGUACUAUUUUGGCACUUUGUCACUUGCCAUAAAUAAAAGACCACACAAUUGUGUAUAAUAAUAAUGCAAUACUGCUCCAGCAGCUGGAGUUUCACUUCUUUAUAACGACGCUUGUAAUACAAAAUGGCGAUGCUUCUUAAACUCGUUGUACCCAGGAUGAUGUGCUCGAUGUUAAAUUCCAAUGUACUCCGGUUCGUACCUUAAAAGGGCCUUUGCACGUUGUGGUAAAUUGACAAAAAUUAAAAUGGUUGUUUCAGAUUCGCAGAUUUUCGUUUUAGUUAUGAUAUAUGUGAGGAAACAGUAAAUCUGAACAUUUACCAUGCUCUAAAAUAUCCAUCAUAUGCAUCUUUUGAAGAUUUAAAAACCUGCAAAUUAUAAAGCGUUGCAACGCGAAACGAUUAAAUAAUUUGGAGAGUC